AUGGGACAGGCAGCAUCCACAGGACACGCUAUGCGCAACGGAGAGCGUGCUGUUACUUUGUCUUUGGCCGUGCUUUCACGUGAGGAUAUUCAGCCUCUCACGUCAGGAUGGCUCUCAUUACAGGGCACUGUUCGAAGGAUCAUCAUCGAGAAUCCUGAUCAGGAGCCUUUAUCCCCAUUUCUUAGAGGGGGGAAUUUCUGUCCUGGAAAUAAUGUCAUCUAUGAAAAGACAAUAAGGAAAUAUGAGCUAUUAAAUCCCCACCAAGAGAAGCAGUAUCAGUUUUCCCAGCAGUGUCAGGUUCCCCAGCAGGUCGAUCAGUGCCAUGUGGUCCAGCACUCCGAGCAGCCUCAAGUCACUCACCAGUGCCAACAGACCCAGACCAGUAGCCCUUGUGAAAUAAUUCCAGUCUCCGUGAGCGAUGACUGCAGAGGAAAUACAGUGAGGAGGGUAACAGUUCAAACCUGUGAACCGGUGAAUUGCUCUCAGGAAAACAGUGACCAGCUGGACUGCCGCUACUUCGGUGAGCUCCUUGCUGAGCUGAACCGCAAGACCAACGACUUGUACAGUUGUUUACUCCAGCAUGUGGAAAAGAUAGGAGGAAGGAACCACGACAUUGAGUUUACGUGUCAGACUGAAGAGAUUGAAGAUUUAAUUCCCAAAGGACUGUCUGAGGCAACAAAGCAGCAGAUUCGUUAUCUCCUCCAGAUGAGAGUGACAUCGGAUAAAUCUUUGAGACUUGUGCUUUCCACUUUCAAAAAUUUACGUGAGGAGCUUUGCCACCUGCAGGACGACUUGGGGAAGUUAGAAACCGACAGUGUCUUACUUAAGAAGGAUUUGGCUUUUAAAGAUUCUCAAGUAAAAGAAUAUGAAACUAUGCUGACUUCUCUGAGAGAGAACAAUCGUCAGCAGCAGGUAAACCCAAACCCCUGUUUUCAGUGUAAUUACAGUCAGCCAAGGACGAGCCAGUGUGCUGCCCUUGGAGCGUCCUGGUGCUCUCCUCACGCCCCCCCCUCGUUCCUUCCCCCUGUCUGCCCGCAGCAAGGGCUCAGGGACAGCACUGCCCGAUGCCGCUCUCUGGAGGAACAGCUGCUCUCCCUGCGGCUCAGCGAGGGCGAGAAGGACUGUCAGCUCAAGGAACUGGAGUACUGCAAGCGGGCCCUGGAGCAGGAGAUCCAGAACCUCAGGCUGCAGACCUGCUCUAAUCCAACACUACAGACCACCACAGAUGAGCUCUCCAGCCGUUACGUAGAGAUGAUCAAUAACUUGAGAGAGGAUAAAGAUCGGGAGAUCCGCAGCCUUAGGUCUCAGUUGUGCCAGUUCCAGCAAGAUAUAUCAAGGAGAGAAGGCAGUAACAGUGACCUGCAAAUGAGGUUGCAUGAACUGACAUCCAUGCUGGAGGAGAAAGAUGCUUGUAUUAAACAACAGCAAGAGGAACUCUUCAGAUUGAAGCAUGACAAAUUAUCAGGCAGUCAGUCCCCUGGUGUAACAGCUAUCAUCACUAAGAAGUACCGGAAUCAGUACCCUAUUCUGGGUCUGCUCUCUGAUGACUACAAGGUUCCCUCACCUGUCAAUAAAUCCCAAACUAUCGUAAUUGAGAGGACUGGCGAGAUAUGGAAGCACGUAAGUUCACCCAGGGACUGACUGUUCAGUCUCUGCCGUUCCGAAGUACUCGGUUUAACUUCAAAGAAAGCGUGAGCCAAAACACCGAGAGAAAGCUAUGGUGUUGGUUUAACUGGGCUGCAGAAGCCAAGUGACAGAUGAAAGUCCAGGAACUGUCUCUUGCGAGAGGGCACUCAUUGUUGGGUGGAGCAUAACUAAAAUAACCCUCUGUUGUUUUCUCUGUCACGGAAUUACCUGUCACAAAGGAAGUGGUGUUGCUCUAAGAGCAGCCUCUGCAGGGAGUCACUCGGGCAGGAGGGUUUUCCUCACUAGUGAAGGCAUGUUUAGGGCGGGCAGCGUUCCUCUGGACCAGGACUAGUAAUGACUCCAAACUACACUAAAAUAUAUUAACUGCCACGUCCCCGAAACUUACACUAGGGCAGGACAGUGACUAACCCAGGAAAUGCAGAAGAGCGGUGGCUUGGUAAGGAGUGAUUCAAAGUAAAAAGUAUUUACGUUCCAGGGCACGAGGUCAGGCUGCCAAGUCUGCCGGGAGGUAAAGGUUUGGCAGAGAUCAGCGGGGCCAGUUCCCACCCCUGGGUUCUGGACGAGGGUGCCGCAGAAACAGGGUUCAGCAAGUGCCUUUGUGGGGAACAUGACCAAGAGCAAGGCAAUGAGGAGAGCAGGCUGGGUAGACGAAGGGUAAAACAUCUGGCAAGUUCUAAAGGCUGUGUUUCCUGGAGUAGGGUUAAGGAAACAAAAGGCAGAGGUCUCUGGCAAGCAGCUGUUUAUUACUGAUCUCAAACUCAUCCAGUUGCACUGCAACCUAGGGAGAUGUCAAGGAAUUAAACAGUAAUAAAGAAAUGACACUGCUAAAGCCCAAAACCCUUCCUCCUAGCUUGUUUGAAAAGUUACUCAUUAUUUCCAUUAUAAAAAAAAAUAAUGGAAAAGAUGAGUGUACUCUGCAUUUGAAGAGAUGAGUAUCGUUAGACGAAUGAGAACUGUUUGUAUUUUAAGUUUUCCAAGGUCUCUAUCAAUCCCUAGUGCAAGUUCCAGCUGAAACAAAAUUGAUUUGCUGCAAGAUAAACUUGCUAAGCUUGAGAAGUGCCAAUUCCACCUUUACUCCACAAGUACUUUCCUGUGUUUACGUACUCUCAGCCAAAUCUUUCUAUCUGCGCUCAUUAUGGAACAGCAAUGCUGACAGGUAUCUGCACACGUGGGGUUUAUUCUGGAAGCACGUGGCCUGUACAUGUCCUUCAAGCAGUGAUGAGUUAUGCUCAGUCCUUUGAUACGCAAGUGAAAGUACUGAAAUGUGCUUUGGAACGUCAGAGCUAGUUGUGUUAGAGAAAACUUUUAGGGUAGAAAUAGUAUAAUAAUCUAUUUAGGUACCUGGUAACUUCCUGUUCUCGGUUGUUUUCCGAAGUCCCAAACCGCUUUUGUCCUGGGGUCUGCGUCUCCCGGAGGCAGGGCGUGGCCA